UUUAGCAGCUUGUGUCAGGGGCUGGUUGUAGCCCACUGAAACUACUUACAUCUCAGUGUUGUAGCGACCCAAAGCGAAGAGCCGUGGGAGGAAAAAUCGUGUGUCGUGUUGAGUGCUACGCCGUGAAGCCGGUUGUUUAAUCCGCGAUCGUUCAGAUUAUAAUGGCAGAUUCUGAUGACGAGUACGAUAGAAAGAGGAGGGACAAAUUCAGGGGCGAAAGAACCGAGUCAUACUCCAGAGAAGGAAGACGUGGCGAUGAUCGUCGCCGAGAUGAGUGGGUUGACAGGGAAUGGUCGAGUCGUCCAAGAGCGAGGCCCGAGUACCGUGAGUAUCGAGGUGGCGGGGGAGGCGGAGGUCGAGAGCGAUACAGCCCAGCUCGAUCCCAGGAAAUGGCUCCCCCGAUGAAGCGAAUGCGGGCUGACUGGGAAGACCGUCCGCGUUACGGGGGCCACGAUUAUUAUGGUGGCGGAACUUCCUGGGGUCCAGAUCAUUACACGCCAGCACACCAUAGCAACCAUCACUACGGCAACCAUUCAAACAACAACAGUCGCGAAGUUGCCGGAAACUUCAGUAAUUCGAAUGUGGAGACACAGCCACCGAUGAUGUCGUUCAAGGCGUUCCUUGGCACGCAAGAAGACUCAAUUACAGAUGAGGAAGCGAUAAAACGCUACAACGAGUACAAACUGGAGUUUAGGCGGCAGCAACUCAACGAAUUCUUUGUCGCUCACAAGGACGAAGAGUGGUUCAAGAUAAAAUACCACCCUGAAGAAUCUGUCAAGAGGAAAGAUGAACAAAUAUCUGCGCUCAAGAAACGUGUCGAAGUGUUUUUGGAAAUGCUUCGGCUAGGCGAAAUCGACAAAGUCUCUGUCGAUGCUGAUCAAGCAGACGCUUUGCUACACCUUUUGGAUGCGGUCGUUAUUAAACUGGAAGGCGGAAACGAAGAAGACCUCAAAGUUCUUGACGCCAAACCGCCUAAUCCUCCCACUCCGAAGGAAACGACUCCUGCACCUAAGGAGAAGGAAGUUAAAGAACAAAAAGUUGACCAAGAGCCGGAAAAAGAGCCAGAAAAAGCGGAAGAUGAUAAUAAAUCUGAGAAACCAGCAGAUGCUGAUAAACAGAAUGAAAACGAUGAGGUGAACGGUGACGCUGAAAUGGAGGAUGAAGAAAAAGAGGAGAAGACAGAUGAGUCGGAGAAAUUAGCUGAGAAUUCUGAGGUCAAGGAAGAUGAGGUUCAAGAGGUUCAAACUCCGGGUGAAAAAGAGGAAAAAUCCGAGGAACCAAACUCCAAGAAGCGAAAACGUUCAGACAGCAAUAGCAGCAGCAGCAGCAGCAGUAGUUCAAGCAGCCUUUCUGACAGCGACAGUAAUAAACCAGACACUCCAAAAGCUGAUGCUCAACCGGAAGAAAAAUCUGGGGCCAAAGACGAGGAAGAGAAAAUUGAAAUCAAAGAUGACGAGAAAGCUGAGGAAAGCAAAGACAAAGAAGAGGGCGAGGAGGAAACAAGCAAGGAUGCCAACGAACCUGAAACUGUUAUAGAUUUGGCUAGCGAGGAGAAAGACAGAGAACCAAGAGCACUCCACAAAACUAGUAGCAUAUUUCUCCGGAAUUUAGCACCAACUAUUACCAAAGCUGAAGUCGAGGCGAUGUGCAAACGGUUUCCUGGCUUUCUGCGUGUCGCUAUUGCCGAUCCUCAACCUGAAAGACGCUGGUUCCGCCGAGGAUGGGUGUCUUUCGAGCGGCAAGUCAACAUAAAAGAGAUCUGCUGGAGCCUGAAUAAUAUAAGACUUCGAGACUGUGAACUAGGCGCAAUUGUUAAUCGGGAUCUUUCUCGGCGUAUUCGAACGGUCAACGGACUUACUUCGCACAAACAAAUCGUCAGACAUGACAUAAAACUCAGUGCGAAAAUCGUCCACAACUUAGACAACAGAAUAGGACUUUGGAAUGAGGAUAAAAAAGAUGGCAAUGCUUCGAAAGAGGGUGUCGAUGGCAAGGACAGCAGAACCUCCAACGAAGUAGAACAAGCUGCUUUUGGACUCUCUUCGAAAAAUCCGGUCUUGAAGAAUAUAACGGAUUAUUUGAUAGAGGAAGCAUCCGCCGAGGAGGAAGAACUUCUUGGUAUGUCCGGAGACCAAGAAGAAGGACAAGUUGGCGGCGAUGGCGAUGGUCCCAUAGAACGUGACCCGCUGCUUAUAAAGGUUCUGGACAGAUUAGUUCUCUACCUGCGUAUAGUGCAUUCUGUGGAUUACUACAACCACUGUGAAUAUCCGAACGAAGACGAGAUGCCGAACAGAUGCGGCAUAAUGCACGUCAGAGGAUCUCCGCCAACCGCCAAAGUAUCCGCGACUGAACUUUCCGAGUAUUGUCGUAAUUUUGAGAGCAAGAUGUCCGUAUUUCUGACACCGAUGGCAACAACUACCUCCGAUGAAUUCGACAAACUUGGCGCUAAAAAUUCCGAAGCUGAGGUGGAAAAAUUCGUGCAAGCGAACACGCAAGAGCUUUCGAAAGACAAAUGGCUUUGUCCUUUAAGCGGGAAAAAAUUCAAGGGGCCGGAUUUCAUCAGAAAGCAUAUUUUCAACAAGCAUGGAGAGAAGGUAGCAGAGGUCAAAGCUGAGGCCGAGUAUUUCAACAAUUAUUUGAAGGAUCCAAAGCGUCCUCAGCUCUCUGAACAUCCGGGUAACAAAGCGCCUGUUAGAGAAGGACCUCGUGACGGAUUUUCACCUUACGGUGGCGCAGUUAGAUUUGGGGGUUACGGUGGAGGUUACGGUGGACGUGGCGGCGGUUAUGGUUCUGGAUAUGGCGGAGGCGGUGGAGGAUUUAGCGGUGGAUUCGGAAUGCCGCGUCCCAAUCGUGGAGGAUUCAAUCGAGGACGGGCUGCUCCAGACUCGACGUCAAGGACUGUUAUUAGUUAUAACGACUUGGACCAGCCUGACAUGGACAUUUUUUAAGUUUUAUAUAUCCCAACCUGAUUCAUUUUUCUCCGUUGCUAUCUCUCUCUCCCUCUCCUCUUUCUGUUUCUUAAUCUUUUUUCCUCUAUCUGUGAAUUAUUAACGCUUCAAUUGAGAAUAUUAAGCUGUAAUUUCACAACCAUUUGUGUCAAUUGGAAAUAGUAAAAUAUCAUUGACACGAGAUUUAGCAAUGCAAAAAAAGAAGAAAAAAAAACAUACAAUCUCCCUGAUUUAUGAAAAUUUUCCAUCAACUUCUUAUCUAGCUUAUUUAUAUUUUGAUCGAUAUUCAACGACACGUGAUAAUUGCCCAACACGUAUAUCGCAGUAUCACAGAAUUUAAAUACGAUAAACCAUGAAAUUGAUUCUGUUUGUUUUAUAUUCCGAAACAAUAAUUAAAAUUUACAAUGAGAAAGUCAAACGAAGUAUUUUUAUAACAAUGUGCGUAAACAUUUUUCAUCUUUCUUUCUGUGCGUAAAGUGCUAUUUUAUGGCAUACCGUGCGUACCGCGAGUAUUUCGAAACGCCGUAUCAAUAUGACUUCACUUUUUCCAUGUUAUGCCAAAAAGUAGCAGAUUAUCCACGGAAAUCACGAUCAAAAGAAAAGCUUACUUCACCCACGUUGUUAUAAAAAAUACCGUUCAAUAUGCGUGCGUAAGUUUUUACGACCUCAUACAAUCAUCGCACAUAAAAACUUACUUCACGUACUUGUAUUGCAAACUACUAUGACGCAUAUUAGAAUAUAUUUUGGCGUUUUUAUAUAUAUUUUUUUUUAUUCAAACUUGGUGAAAGGGACGUAAUUGAAAAUUCUAAGCUAGCAAUAAACGUCGAGUUAGGCAUUUAUUGUUCGUUUUUUACUUAACUUUUCAUAAUAAAGUCAAUCAUUCUUGAUGAAGCUUGAUUAGUAUUAUCUAUUAGUUCAAAUACCGAUUGUUGUCUAGUUUUUUUUUUUUUUUUUCAUUGGAUAGAUUUUCAAACGUUUUAUGUUCGGUUCUUUAUUAAAAUUCACAUUUGAUCCUAUUCGAAUUCCCGUUUUUGUGUUUUCACUGUGAAGUAUAUUUUAUUUAACGAUUCUUUCACGCUUUACAGUCACAGAAGUCAUAAUAUAACAAGCAAUUCAAGUUGAAAUUUUAUAAUAUUCCCGAAAAAUUUUCUAUAAAAUUCUUAGUUUCAAUCAACUAGACAAACUGUUCAGUUGUUGAAAUAAUUGAAAUUUUUACAAGCCAGAACUAUAAAAGUCGCCUUUGGGGUUAUAAAUUAAAUAAAAGUUUAAACUUCUGUACUCUGACAGUUCAAAUAAAAAAAAAAAAAUGUCUAUAAAUACAAAGUUUGUAUACGAUUGAUGGUUUCAAAAAACCUUUUGUAACUUUUGUAAAGAAUAUAAUGGAUUUGCGCCUCUGGUGAUUGAAAGAGAUAAACAAUUGAUCAAAUCUAAAAUAAUAACAAUUGUUGUUAUUAUUAUUAUUUAUUAUUAUUAUUAUUUUAGUUUUCAUGUGUCAGUUCUUAAUGUGAAUAUCGUUUGAUAUCAUAUUUAAUCAUGCUAAAAAUUUCAUACCAAACUUUUUGUGGUAGAUUGCUAUUAAUUGAACGAUUUCCGGCAAUGAUCUUGAAAAAAAAAAAAAAAGAUAUUCCGUAAGUGUUUUUACGUGGAGAUGAAUGUUUUAUAAAUCGUACUUUUGUUACAUAAACAAAUUCACUACAUCGGGAAUUCUGACAGCAAACUGAUCAAAGAUCAUGGCUUUGA